AUGCACUUCAACGGUGUCUCCGUUGGCCUCGUAGCCAUUUCAACUUCUGCAAUGCUUGCAAAUGCUCAGAAGGGGGAUCAUGAACAGCUUGUCCUAGCAGACUGUGGAAUUGGAGACAACCACCAGCACCCCACCUGGUCAACAUCUCGACAGAUGAACUGGUACAAGUCACUGACCUGGCCCUCUUCUGCUCGUCAGUAUCCUCCUGCUCCCAACAUGGCCGUGGAGAUUCCCUAUAAAGAUGGAAUAUAUCCUUGGGUGUCUAGUGGACUUACAGCCAACAUGCCCAAUGGCGAUGAUUGGACGGUAUGGAUUGCGGAGAAUACACCCGAAGGUCUCAAUGCUGGAGCAGCAAUGAGCUACAAAAAUGGUGGUGUUUCGUUGAAUUGCUGGGCAUACCACGGCAGACCAGUGAGUGCAGCCAUCAACAAGACUGUCAAUGCCAAUGCCAUCUGCUGGUCAGCCUUUGUCUGCAACAAGGAUGACCAAGCCCCGAAGAGAGCUUCUGACCAAAGCCCUGGAACUUCAUCUACAGUCCCAAUCUCUACCACUGCCACAUCCACAGCCACUACUACGGCGUCUGUUCCAACCACUUCCUCUGAGCCUUCUACAACUUCACAAUCGACUACAGAAACUGCAGCACCGGCCCCUUCUGCUGGUGUCUUGAAAGUAGACACCUCUGUGAACCCGAGAUUUAUCGUGUGGCCCGGGACAUGGGAGGUAUUUGUGAAUAGUUUUGUGUGGGAUCAGAAGACCGGACAAUGUGUCGGCAGACCAUUUAUUGGAGCAGACUAUUCCAUCAACUUUGAUUGCUCUGGUGUGCAGAUUGAUUCAGACACCCACAUGACUCUGAUUCUUAUCAAAGCUCUGAAAGACUUGGGACUUCACAGCCUUUGGUUUGGCCAAACCCCAGCUCUUCCUGGCAAUGGAACGCUUACAUCCAGUGCACCCCAGCUUAUAAUGCCAGAGGCAUUUAAGAUUACAGCGACUGAUGUCGCCAAUGGCAAGGUACUUGGAUCACUGUCUUACAAGGCUCAGCUGAAUCACUUCACUACCGGUUCUUGCUCACCUUGCGAGACCCAGAGAUUUAAUGCUGAAUUCUUUACCCCCAUCCUGGAAGCAAUGAAAGGUACCUAUCCUGAGUUCAACGAUUAUCGGGUUGAGGCCAUCUGUGAUCCUUGGGUUGUUUGUUCUUGA